AUGGAUCUCAGAGGUGCUUAUCAACAGCUGCAAGUUGAAUAUCGAGAAACAAAACAAGAUUUGAUAGAUAAGGAAGAUGAGGCUGAAGAAUAUUCUGAAGAACUUGAAAACCUGAAAUAUGAACUACCGGACAUAGAUCAAUUGGAGGUUAAGAUUGCCAAAAAUGGGAAACUCAUCGACAUCCUAAUCAAGGACAACGAGCAUUAUAAGGAAACUUGUUACGAUUACAAGAAAGAAAAUGACGAGCUUAAGAUUCUGAACGAAGAGAAUGCUAGGAAGAUCACACGGCUCGAGGCGCAAAUUGCGAAAGUAGCAGCUAAGCCAAGAAAGAAUACUGCUGCUGCAAAACAAAAUUCUUUCGAUGUAAGACAGCAGGCAGAACAAAUACAGGAAGUUAUGCGCAGUGCUAUUAGAGCACAAAUCAAAUGGGCAACAAGUUGCAAGACUUCCGGAAAACGCUGGUCUUAUACUUGCAUAGUUCCAUCUGCAGAUGUCUUCUAUACCCUUUUUAAUAUGGACGCUGCGGCGGAGCUCGGAGCAAAGAAACAGUGGAAGCAAAAGAAGAUUAGUAUAAAUGACUUCAGAGAUAUCGUUGGUAAAUGCUUUGUCAAUAUUCGAUACAACUCCUUGGAGCUAGUUGGCAAAGAUGUCAUUUUGAGAUGGGAUGCUGGAGCAAACAGCUUUACUGUGAGUGGGAAAUACGGUGUUUCAGCCAUGGCCUACCUAGAGUGA